CCCCGGUUCGGUGGGGCGGGGCGACUGUACUUCCCUCAGGUCACGAGCAGCAGGAAGUGGUGCCUGCAGCGUUGUAUUGGAGAUGGGGACCUCUCUGGACAUUAAGAUUAAAAGAGCAAACAAGGUUUAUCAUGCCGGGGAGAUGCUCUCCGGUGUGGUGGUCAUAUCCAGUAAGGACUCAGUCCAGCACCAGGGAGUCUCUCUGACAGUGGAAGGAACUGUGAACCUGCAGCUCAGCGCCAAGAGUGUGGGUGUGUUUGAAGCUUUCUAUAAUUCUGUGAAGCCUAUCCAGAUUAUCAACAGCACCAUUGAAAUGGUGAAGCCAGGAAAAUUUCCCAGUGGCAAAACAGAAAUUCCUUUUGAAUUUCCUCUGCAUGUGAAGGGUAACAAAGUUUUGUAUGAGACCUAUCAUGGCGUGUUUGUCAACAUCCAGUACACCCUGCGCUGCGACGUGAGGCGGUCUCUGCUGGCCAAGGACUUGACAAAGACCUGUGAGUUCAUCGUUCACUCUGCUCCUCAGAAGGGGAAGCUGACUCCGAGUCCCGUGGACUUCACCAUCACACCUGAAACCUUACAGAAUGUCAAAGAGAGAGCCUUGCUCCCCAAAUUUCUCAUCAGAGGACAUCUCAACUCAACCAACUGUGUCAUCACGCAGCCACUGAUGGGGGAGCUGGUGGUCGAGAGCUCAGAGGCCGCCAUCAAAAGCAUAGAGCUGCAACUGGUCCGUGUGGAGACCUGUGGGUGUGCAGAAGGAUAUGCCCGCGAUGCCACGGAGAUUCAGAAUAUCCAGAUCGCUGACGGGGAUGUUUGUCGGGGCCUCUCUGUCCCCAUAUACAUGGUCUUCCCCCGGCUGUUCACCUGCCCGACGCUGGAGACGACCAACUUCAAAGUGGAAUUUGAGAUCAACAUCGUAGUGCUGCUUCAUGCGGAUCAUCUCAUCACGGAGAACUUCCCACUGAGGCUCUGCAGGAUGUAGCCCAGGCGCAGGGAGCGCGGCCCAGGAGGAGGCCAAAUGGCAGUGCUGCCGGUACCCGACCUCUGCGCAGCUGGAGCUGGCAGUGUGCACCUGUCUUUCUGUGAUUCUGUAUCAGCGUGCAGCUGACCUCUCAGCUUUCCAUUGGUCUUCUUCCUCAUGUUCUUGAGGCUACGGCUUCCUGGGGGCAUUUCUCAGACCUUUCAAAAUUCCUUAGGACUUCUUAAUGUUAUUGACAAGAUCACUCCUCAGAGAGCAAAACUUGACUUACUGCCCUUUUUAAGGGUCAGUGAAACAGUUGCAGCAGCAGUUUGAGCUUUGCUGGAAAGUGAGAUCCUGGGGACUAAAGGACACCCCCCACCUGACCAACGGAUGUCACUAGGACUCCCGCAAGGCUCCUGUGCAGGACGGCCACACACGCACUCGUCACUUCAGAUGUUCGUAGGAACUGUCCAAGGAAGGAUGCAGAGUUGCGUCCACUGGGAAGGGUGGCACUUUUUCACCUGGUUCUGUAGUUCUUUUAUAACAUAUUUCAUGGUGACUGCAAAACCGUUAGGGAACUGGAAGAAGGAGUUCCAUGCCCCACGGCAGUGAGGGGUUUAGUGACGGCUGGUGCCAGAGAAUUUUCACAGCUGCAGGAACUGGUGGAGAAAUGGUGCUGGUGAUGAAAGUGGGAAAUGCAUGUCUGCACCUGUUGUUGGGUGGGCUGCGAAUGGCAGGAGACCUGUGCCCAGGGUGGUAGGUGAAGCCCCCUGUGCACUGGGUGGUGCCAGGAAAAUGCUCUGGACUGGAUGAAAUUGGCCUGCUUCCACCCACCUGUGGGGCCAGGGUUUGAGCCCAGGGUUUGGGCCUGGAGCCAUUUCUCCUCAGCCUCCCACUGUGGUGCAGUGUGUGAUGAGCCCAUUGUGACAUUUCUUCCUGCAGAUCCUGCCAUUAUUCCUGUUGGUCCACAGUUAACAAGUCCGCAGAAAUACACCCUGUGCUCUGCACACUACCUGACGGCGCCUCCACCUGGGCAGGCCUGAGUGCAGGCAGCAGCCCCCAGACUGUACUGCCAUUGACCGGGGACGGCAUGUGACAUAUGACCUCACACUGCUUUAUCCUAGGGCUUCACAGUGAAAUAGAUGCAGUGGACUCAUGGAGUCAUUUAAAAGUUGAUUUCCCAGAGAAUGCAUUUCUGGUUUAUAAAUCUCCUUUUACAUUCAUAUGACAGUAGUAGUUAUCUGUCUUUGACAAUGUAUUUAGAGUAGCAAAAAACAAACCACGCUUUCUGGGAAAUUUCAAAGGUAGAAAUCAUUUUUAAUGAAAAAAAAGCUAAAUGAGAAUUUUAGGGAGAGCAUUGGGAUGUGUAUUACUGUAUAAUUCCUUUAGUAAACCGUGUAUGGAUUGAAGUAGGA